UGGUCAUCGUUGAUUCAUCAAAACGAUAUCAAAAUUCAAAGAUUUCGGUUAAAUAAAAAUCAAAAUUAUACUUUAUAAAUGAUGUCCAUUUUGUGGAUGCGCCGGCUGUUGAAAAGUUUGGAUGGCUUCGGCAACCAGUUGGUACGUCCAGCCUCUUCAUUUAACAAAGUGAUGAAGCCGGUGGACUGUUUCAAGCCAAAGCCUUCGUUUAAAAUAACCGUGGUUGGAUCGGGCCAGGUCGGAGCGGCAGUUGCAGCAUUUCUUUUGGUGCGUAACCUUACCAAGCAUCUGGUGAUCCUUGAUGUGAAAUACGACUUGGCCACGGCGGAAGCGUUGGAUUUCUCACAUGGGUCUGCCUUCCUGGGCAAUCCGAUUGUCGAAGCCUGUGGUGAUGGAAAUCGUACCAAGAAUUCGGAUGUUAUCAUUAUUACAGCGGGAGCGAGGCCAUCAGGCAAAACCCGAUCUCGUCUGGACGUUAUGCACAAAACGGUUGUGAUUCUGAAGUCUGUAGUACCCAAGCUGGUUGAAUUGAGCCCCAAGGCGAUUUUUAUUAUCAUCUGCAAUCCAGCCGAUGUUAUGACCUUUGCUGUGCAGCGCAUCGGAAACCUGGAGAAGCAUCGUUGCUUCACUACCGGCUGCCACCUGGACACUGCCCGCUUUCGCUACCUAAUCGCGAAGCGCCUUAAGGUUCCCACAUCGGCAGUCAACGCCUAUAUAAUAGGAGAGCAUGGUAGUAGUGCUGUGCCCGUUUGGUCCAGUGUCACGGUAGGUGGGAUUCGACUGAGCGACGUCGUGAAGGAUUUGGGCACGGACAAGGACCAGGAGAAGUGGUCCGAUCUCAUGGAUGGCAUCCUCAAUGCAGGUGUGCACGUUAGUAAGGCCAAGGGCUACACUAACUGGGCCGUGGCGCUGACUACCUCAGAUGUUGUCAAAUGCAUGGUGGAGAAUACCGGCCAAGUGUGCUGCGUGGGGACAGAUGUGAAGGGACUCUACGGUCUAGAGGACAGUGUGGUACUCUCUGUACCUUGUCGAGUGACGGCCAGCGGAAUUAGCCACAUUUUGGAGCUGCCACUGAACGAAGAUGAGCGUAAAAAGUUGUUGAAAUCUGCUGAUACUCUGCUGGAGGCCCAGUGCUCAUUGAAAUGGUGAUUCUCGAUUCCGCCCUUUGCGAUCAUCCCAUGAAUCAGAAAUAGAACAGAAAAGAAACUGUGAAA